AGAUGGCGGCUCUUGCCGUGAGGAAGAGGCGGCUGAGGUGAUUCUUGUGGCGGCGGGGCUGGAGGCCUCCGGAGGGGCUCCAAGGCGGUCUGGGGGCCCCGUGAGCACCCGAAAUCGAAGCGGGAGAAGGCGGGAGAAAGACAGAGGGGCUCCCGGCUCGAAUUCAGGGGAUAUCCGCGUCUUUUUAGAUGAACAGUAAAACUCGCCCUGAAGCCUGAGAAAGCCAGAGGACCAGCCCCUCAGCUUAUCACAUGGUGGAAAAUAGAAGCCAAACUGCAUACUCACGAUGCCUGGCAGAGUUUGCUGCUGCUGUGCUGCCUUGCGUCCCCGUUACAAGCGCCUGGUGGAUAACAUAUUCCCCGAAGACCCCAAAGAUGGCCUUGUCAAAGCCGACAUGGAGAAGCUGACUUUCUAUGCUGUCUCUGCCCCAGAGAAGCUUGACAGAAUUGGUGCCUAUUUAGCAGAGCGGCUGAGCCGGGAUGUUGUCAGACACCGCUAUGGAUAUGUCUUCAUCGCCAUGGAAGCCCUGGAUCAGCUCCUAAUGGCUUGCCAUUCUCAAAGCAUCAAGCCGUUUGUGGAAAGCUUCCUCCACAUGGUGGCCAAGCUGCUCGAGUCUGGAGAGCCCAAGCUUCAAGUUUUGGGAACCAACUCGUUUGUCAAGUUUGCAAACAUUGAAGAGGACACACCUUCCUACCACCGCCGCUAUGACUUCUUUGUAUCUCGCUUCAGUGCCAUGUGCCAUUCUUGCCAUAAUGACCCGGAAAUACGGAAUGAGAUCCGAAUUGCUGGAAUCAGAGGCAUCCAGGGGGUGGUUCGCAAAACUGUGAAUGAUGAGCUCCGAGCCACCAUAUGGGAGCCUCAGCAUAUGGACAAGAUUGUUCCCUCAUUGCUUUUUAACAUGCAGAAAAUAGAAGAUGUUGACAGUCGAAUCGGGCCACCCUCCUCUCCAACUGGCGGUGAUAAAGAGGAGAAUCCAGCUGUGCUUGCUGAGAACUGCUUCAGAGAACUGCUGGGCCGUGCCACUUACGGGAACAUGAAUAAUGCUGUCAGGCCAGUCUUUGCACAUUUAGGCCAUCACAAGCUGUGGGAUCCCAAUGAAUUUGCUGUCCAUUGCUUUAAAAUCAUUAUGUAUUCCAUACAGGCACAGUAUUCCCAUCAUGUGAUACAGGAGAUUCUGGGGCAUCUCGAUAGCUGUAAGCGAGCCUCUCCUCGAGUCCGAGCAGGCAUCAUCCAGGUCCUGUUGGAGGCUGUGGCCAUUGCUGCUAAAGGAUCCAUUGGUCCAACUGUCCUGGAGGUGUUCAACACACUGCUGAAGCACCUGACCCUAAGUGUGGAUUUCGAAUUGGGCAACAGACGGGAUUCUGAAGGCAGCGUCGGCCUUACCACUUCCCCAAAGGAGAACGAUGAAAAGAUUGUGCAGAAUGCCAUCAUACAAACUAUUGGUUUCUUUGGAAGCAACCUGCCAGAUUAUCAGCGCUCUGAGAUUAUGAUGUUCAUAAUGGGGAAAGUGCCUGUCUUUGGGUCAGUGUUGCAGACACUGGACACCAGUCAGCUUGGCGAACUGGGAACCAGGAGGAUUCAGAUCAUGUUGCUGAGGUCUUUGCUGAUGGUCACCUCUGGGUACAAUGCCAAAAGCAUUGCAACAGUCAUGUCGGCCCCGUUUCUGGAUCCGCUGCUGUCCUCUUCUCUCAUGGAGGACUAUGAGCUCCGGCAACUAGUCCUGGAAAUAUUACACAAUCUUAUUGAUCGCCAUGACAACAGAGCCAAACUUAGAGGAAUCAGGAUAAUACCUGAUGUAUCUGACCUGAAGAUCAAGCGAGACAAAAUUUCACGGCAAGACGUGAGCUUCAUGAAGAAGCAUGGCCAACAACUUUAUAGGCAUGUUUACUUGGGCUGCAAAGAAGAGGACAAUGUGCAUAAGAAUUUCGAGCUGCUCUAUACCUCUCUCGCUCUGAUAACGAUUGAACUAGCAAAUGAAGAAGUGGUCACUGACCUCAUUCGCCUAGCCAUUGCAUUGCAGGAUAUGGCCAUACUUAAUGAGGACAACUUGCCAAUGUUUAACCGCUGCAGCAUUAUGGCGCUGGUCGCUGCAUACCUCAACUUCCUGAGUCAAAUGAUUGCUGUGCCUGCCUUCUGCCAGCACAUCAGCAAGGUCAUUGAAACUAGAACUGUGGAAGCUCCAUAUUUUUUGCCAGAAACCAUAUUCCGAGACAAGUGCAGUCUUCCUAAAACUUUGGACAAGGAGGACAAGACCUUGUUUUUCUUGACUCACAAGAUUGCCGAGUCCUUGGGUGGCAGCGGCUACAGCGUGGAGAGGCUGUCAGUGCCUUAUGUGCCCCAGGUGACAGAUGAAGACAGGCUGUCCCGGAGGAAGAGUGUUGUGGACACUGUGUCAAUUCAGGUGGACCUUCUUCCUGGCAAUGGCACUGAGGAUAAGGUCAACAACACAGAAGAAAUUACCUUUGAAGCACUGAAGAAGGCAAUAGAUAACACUGGCCUUGAAGAGCAGGAGAAGGAGAAGAGGCGCCAGGUGAUUGAGAAAUUCCAGAAAGCUCCCUUUGAAGAGAUUGCAGCGCAGUGUGAAACCAAGGCAAAUCUCCUUCAUGAUCGGCUUGCUCAGAUAUUGGAGCUCACCAUUCGCCCACCUCCCAGCCCCUCUGGCACACUGACUAUCACUGCUGGACACCCACACUAUCAGUCCGUUCCAGUCUAUGAGAUGAAGUUUCCAGAUCUUUGUGUGUAUUAAGAGUCUUUUGGCCUCUGCUGGGCAUGGUUUUAAAGCAUUAGAGCACAUUGUGUUGAGCUCACAAUGAGGUUUUAGCUCAACCUUCACUCUUUUCUUUGCCACAUUUUAAUAGAAACAACCUUGUCUGUAGGGUGGCUGGGCUGGUGCCUGAAUUGCAGAUUUCAACUUCUCUCUGUUCUGCUCUUGCAGUUGCGAUCAGAUUAUUUCGCUCUUCAGUGGAAGGAAAAAUCAUCAGUGUAAUACUAUGUUUUGCCAAAUAUUUCAGAGAAUAGGGAAUUUUUAAACCAGAGCCUCUGGGAUUCUAUUCCUUCUAGAGGCCGUAGGACUAACUGACAAACUCCCUGGUAGUUUGUUUACUCUCUGCAUUCUUUGCACCACAAGAGCCUGAGUGUCUUAGAUGCCAAGUGGUCCAGAUGUGUUGCUACUUUUCAUUCUAUGGUACUCAAAAUCCUCAAGACACAGGCAUGAAAUGGUAUUUUUGCCUCUUCUUCAGUCACAGCAGUAAAUCUGAAUGUAACACACUUCUAGAAAUUCCAAACAUGAGCCGCUUCUUGUGGCACAUGCUCUACUUUGGCAAAGAAAUGCUAUUUUUUUAACGCCAAACCCUGCAACAUUUUUGAUGCCCAAGACAUCUAGUUCAUGCUUUAUGCUUUUGAAAGGGGGGAAGAGGGAAAGUGUAUUUUUGCUGUGCAGCUUUUAGAAUACCUAAAUUAUAUAUAUCUCUAUAUUUAGUAUAGCACAAGAGAUUAAGUGCAUUUUAAGAUGAUAAAUAGGGUCUUUUAAAACUAAUCCUCCUUAAAUGUGUAGCAGAGAAUCUAUGGCAUAUUCUAUAGCAUAGUCUUGUAGGAUUUUUUUAGUAAUAUUUUGUCAACUGAAAGAAAAACCUGUGGAUGGAACUCACUAUGGAGGUUUGAGUUUUUAUUGUGUGUGCUUUCCUUCCCUUUUCUUCCUUUUCCACUUUGCUGUUUAUUUUAAAAAUGGAUCAACUUGUUUCUGCUUUAAAGUAAUUGCCACAUUUCUCUCUGAAAAUGAAAUAUGGACCUGUAUAUCCCAGUCAAUGUGCUACUUGCGUGUAGAGAGAGGACCCUUACAGUUAAUCUGCACUCAACACCCACAAGAAGCAAAACACAAGCCAAGUUUCUAUCUGUUCAACCUGCAAUGACAUUGUUGCUGGCAAACCCCGAAAAGAACCUCUGUCGUUUGAAAAAUAACUGGCAGAUGUUGGUGGGGCCAGCCAUAUCUUUAUAACUGUGAUGUAUGAAAACCUUGGCCUGUAUUCUUGAUGCUUGUGUUCAUUCCAGAAAAUCUUCUUUGACCACUUAUACCUGAGUUUGCUUAUAAAAUUGGAUGAGGGUGAUGGAGGAACAGGUCACUUGACAAUAUGCAAAAUGCUAAGAUUCUGGAUUUUAAAAAAAGAAUGAAGUGGGAGUUGUCAAAUAUGUCUCCCGCAGCAUCUUUUAGUGUGUCAGCCUGUGAAGGGGAGGCACUGAUGCCCUCCGCAAGUGUUGCCGGUUAACCAAGCCCUUCUUUUCAGUUUGACAGCGCAAUCACAGCUCUUAGUGGAUGACGAAACCGCCUCUUUCGUACCGCACUCCUCUGUGAUUGCCGCUCCUUCUUCACAUUUCCAUCCUGCUCAGACCAGAGGCAGUGCCCCUCACUCUAAUCCUUGGCCCACCU